UAGAGGGGAUAAAAGAGAACAAACACGUCUCUUUAAAACUUGAAGUUUGUUGUGUUGAUCAGACCAGCUGUUUGCCUGACGUCAUCCAGAAAACUCGUGUCAAUAUAUCUGUGUGUGUUUACGUUAAAUUGCGUCUUAAUUCAUAAAAAUUUUAAAUCAUAUUAAAUAACAUAACAAUUGAUCAAUAACUCACAAAAAAAAAAGAAACAAAUCCUUCAAAAUUUCUAUUUAAAAGUUUUGACAUUUUUUUUUUUUUGUUUUUUUCUUUUAUGUGUUAUUUCGAAAAAUUAAUAACAAAUAUUAAUUUAUUCAUGAGUAUAUAUUUAAUUGGAACAUUUCAAUAUAUAUUUUCGCGAUAAAAAAUAAUAAAAAAAUAUUAUCAUAAAUUUAAUAAUAACAAUAAUAAAAAAGGGAAGUUGACAACACGCUUGCGCACGUAUGUGUACAUGUAAAAAAAAAAAAAAUUAUUUGGCGUAUGGUAACUGAGAUAAAGAGAAAGAGAUAAAGAGAAUAAAAUAGUGAGAGAGAUAGAGAAAAUAAAAAAAAAUAGUGAAAGAGAAUAAAGAGAAAUUAGUGAGCUCUUCUGUCGAGGUGAACGAUUUCAGGAAAAAUCAAAACAAUCAAGAUGGCUGAUCCAAGUUGUGAGGCAUCAUCAUCAUCAUCAAAUACUAUUAUUGAACAACCACAACAACAACAACAACAACAACAAUCAUCACAAGUUGUACAACAAUUACAUGAUGAUAUUGAUAAAAAUGAUGAUUUCAUUGAGCCCGAUAAAAAAAGACGCAAAUUAAUUAAAACAGAUGGUAAAAGUGAUCAAAAAUUGGAACAUCGUUUGGGUGGAAUUUUAUGCUGCGCCGUUUGUCUUGAUCUUCCUAGGGCUGCAGUUUAUCAGUGUACAAAUGGACACUUGAUGUGCGCUGGUUGUUUCACUCAUGUAUUGGCUGAUGCUAGAUUGCGUGAUGAAUUGGCAACAUGUCCAAAUUGUCGUAUUGAAAUAAGUAAAACAUCAGCAUCAAGGAAUUUAGCUGUUGAAAAAGCUGUAUCUGAAUUACCAGCUGAAUGUCAAUUUUGUGCUAAAGAAUUUCCUCGAAAUUCAUUGGAACGUCAUGAAGAAUCCAUGUGCGAUGAGAGAAUAACAAGCUGUAAAUAUAGCAGAAUUGGUUGUCCAUGGCGUGGACCAAAUCAUGAAGUACCAGAACAUGAAGACACUUGUGUACAUCCUCAUACAAAAGGGAAAGAUGUCAUGGAAGCACUUCGUGAUAUUGAUGCACGUACACUUGAAGAACGUAGAUUAUGUGACAGUGUAUUUGAUUUACUAUCCUAUGAAAAAAUUACAUUCAAUGAUUUGCAGAUGAAACCAUAUCGUACUGAUGAAUUUGUUCAUAAAUUAUUUUAUGAAACAUCACGUUUUACUGCAUUCAAUAAUCAAUGGGUUGUUAAAGCUAGAAUAAAUAAUAGCCAACGUGAUCCAACUCAAAGUUCAGAGCGUGACAUGACUUAUCAGCUCAUAUUAAAAACAAAAACAACAUAUCCAUUACCACUACAUUAUUUGAUAUUGAAAGGACCAUUUGGUGAUAUGAAAGUACAACCACGUAUUCAUCGUUUUGAUUUUACUGAACAGGACAAUGAGAGUCCAUAUUUGCCACUACCACUUCCUGAUACUGCUGAAUGCAACAGAUUACUUGCUGCAAAAGCCAUAAGUUUUCGAUUGAUUAUGUUUCUAGCAUCAAAGUAGUUACAUUGACAAUAUUUAUAAUAAAUAACGAAUUAAUUAAUAACACAAACACACACAUUUAAACAUUAAUAAAUUGAUUAUUAAAAUUUAAUUAACAAUAAUCAUCAAUUCGUGAUAUAAGAUUAACACACACUCACUCACACAAAGCAAGUAAAAAUUAAAAAAAAUAAAAAAAAUACAUUUAAUCUUAAUAAAACAAUACGAAAAAUUAAUAUUAAAAUUAUUAGUUAAUUAAUUUUUGAAUAGAUAAAAAAAUAAUAUCAAAUUUUAAUGUCUUCAAUUUUAUUUUUCAAUAGUUUGUAAUAACGAAAAGAGAAAAACAGUUUGAGUGUUCUUAAAUCUCUUAAUUAAAUAGCUUUUCUUUUCUUUUUUUUUGCUUUAAAAAAAGCCAGUUUUUUUCUUUACAUAGUUGUUAGAAUAAUUUAUCAUUUAAAAACUAAAAAAUACACAUCAAAUGUUUUUUAAGAUUAACAUUAAAAUAUUAUUUAAUUUAAUUUUUUUAUUUUCAUUAUUAUUUUCAUAAUAUAUUUCAUUUAAUUUACUUAAAGUUUAAUUUUGAUUAACUAUAUAAUAUAUAUGUAAAUAUAUAUAUUUCAAGACACAAACUUUUAUCAUUGAUGUAAUAAAAAAAAAAACAUUUAAAAUAAAGUAAAAAAAAUCAUCAAAAUAAAUGCUAAUUGUUAUGAUUAAUUUGGUAUGUUUAAAUAAAUUAUAAUUCUGAUAAAUUAAUAAAU